AGGUAAAGAGAAUUCACAUACACUUGUGACCUCCAACCUGAUAACCUUGUAGUAGAUUGACCUGGCGGGUGUGUGCGGCUCGUUUUUGUCACCGGGUCAAGGCCAAAAAAGUCACCCGACAGGUUAACCAGCAGGUUGACAAUCUUGUCUGAUACUGAAGUAAUUAAGUAAAUCACUUGGAUGAUUUUUUAGGAUAAAUGCUAAUUAUUACCGAAACCUUUUUGUCAUUCCUUUUUAUUAGCCAAAACUAUUAAAUUACUAAUAAUUAGCCAAAACUUUUGUAACACAUGAGAAUAUCAGUCAUUUUGGAAUGUUGACAUUCAUGUGUCUCUUCCAAGUCAGUAUAAUGUUGUCAAGUCAAUACUAUUAACAAAAUUGCUAAAUAAAAAUUAACAUUUGACCAAUUAUUAGUAAUUAAUAGGUUUAACUAAUAAAAAAAUUGUAUAAAAUGGUUGGCUAAUAAUUAGGGUUUACGGAUUUUUUUUAUUAUCUCUUCAUUUCUGUUUAUUUCCAGCAAGAAGAAAACGUUUUAACUUUUACUUCCAGUGAGCGGUUAGUAAUUAGUAAGAAAAUCAAGCCGCGCGUUCCGGUGCCGUCCGUCAUUUCUCGCCGGAAUCCAGCUGAGCGAUGGCCGACGGAGGAGGUUGUAGUGGAACUUCACAGCACAGCGGCGGGGUUCAUCGUGUUUUCUUCAGAGUGAUGCUUCCCAGUGUCGUUCGUGAAAAGAAGCUGAAGCUGCCAGCGAAAUUCGUGCGUGGGUACGGCGAUGAACUAUCGUCAAUGGCUAGGCUUUCGUUACCAAACGGCUUCAUAUGGAACGUGGGCUUGGCGAAAACAGCAGCGGACGAGAUUUGGUUUAGUGAUGGCUGGGAUUCAUUUGCAAGCUGUAAUUCAAUCAACUCGGGUUAUCUCAUGGUGUUUAAGUACGUGGGAUCAUCUGCAUUCGAGGUCGAGAUUUUCGACCAGAGCACUUGCUCAAUCCGCUAUGAUUCUGGUGGACAUUGUGUCAAUGCCCCACGUAGCAAGAGGCAGAAACGGGUGAAACACUGUGACUGUGAGCCUGCCAACAAGGCUGGAGUUGAUGAUGGUGAUGGUGGUAGUGAAGACCAGUAUGAUCUUGAGAAUUCGAAGCCUUUUCCUGGUAAAGGUGAGGAUGGUGGUGAUAGCGGUCACAUUGCUACCAGUCAAACUCCAAAGGCGAGGAGGACAAACGGACCGAAAAGGAGGAGAACUCAGGUGAUUGAAAUUACUUCGAGUCCUGAUUCUCAAGUUGCAAGUGAGACUCUCGAAACUGGUGAUCCAGAGAAGCUGCGGAGCUGUUUAGCAGCAAAGGGUAUUCAUACAAGUAAAAAGUUGCCCCUUCUAUCACCCAGCUUGUACAAAAGCUGCAAGAAUGGGAUACAAGAAGCUAUGAAAUUGAAGCUGAAACAUCCUAGUUUCCUUGCUGUGGUGCAUUCAGUCGGCGUCAACAGAGCUGCCAGACCAUUCACAAUACCAGCUUCGUUCAUGACAGACCAUAUUCGUGGAGAAUGUAAAAGCAUUACGCUCGAGGUGUUCAAAGGGAGAGGAGGGGUUAACAAGUGGAAGCUUGGGACAACAUUGAGAGCCUGUUCGGGGGCGGGGCUGCUUAUGGCAGUUGGAUGGACAGACUUUGCAAGUGAUAACAAUUUGGGGAUAGGGGAUGUUUGCCUCUUUCACCUGAUAAGUUCUGAGGAUCGUGUGAUGAGAGUCUCGAUAUUUAGGGCUUUACCUGGAGUAGAAGAAGAGGAAGAGAUGAUAUCAUUAGCACCAGUAUGAGAUGUUCCAUUAGCAUGUUGUUGAAGAGGGUUUAGGGUAGAGCCUAUAUUAGGAGAAGAACAGAGGGUACUAUUUGCUGCUUCUUUUUUCCUUUUCUUUCUUUUUACUGGAUGAUCAACCAUUUUGUAGCCAGGCACACAAGAAAGCAAUGAUUUUUUUUGUUGAAAAUGAAUUCCCAUUUUAUGGCCCAAGUGAUAUAGGUUUGAUGAGGUUGCCUGCUACCAACUGACGGAGCAACUGUGAUGGAAGGUCUGGUAAUGGGUCGAACUUUCAGUGUGCUCCUCUGUUCACUGUGGUGGAUUGAGCUUGAGCGGUUGCCCUGGAUUGGAUCGGCCGAAACAUUGCUCGAAUAGCAGCAUUGUGUAAUCUAACUUCAACAGCCAGUGAUGGCUGUCAAACUCGAAUCCCUGCUUUAUAUGACCUUUUUUGCUUGACUGUGGAGCUCAAACAGUUGAUAGACAAUUUUUGUUCCCUUCAACGAAAGCCUCAAACUUGGUGGGUAUUGGAGAACUUAACAAACUAAAGUUUGGACG